GUUUUGAAGGGCAGGAAACCGGAAGCGCCGAUGUACGCUUGCUUCACAGAGUUAUGGACCACAGUGACCAUGAUAUGCAGGGCACGGAAGGGGCGUUAGGUGGUCCUGAUGUCCGAAGGAGGAUCCCAAUUAAACUCCUUCCCAAACAGGCCAGGAAUAAACCUCCCCUGCGACCACAGAGAACAACGGGACGGUUACCUUCCAAAGCCCAUUCUGCUGAUGAAGGCUUUAACUACAAGCAGGAAGAGAGGUUUGAUAGUUGCUUAAAAGCAGGAGAUGCAUUUGCAAGCCAGCGACGGUUCCCGCAGCAGCUGUACUGGGAUUACAAGCUAAACUUGAUUGGCGAAAAAGAUGACCUCCCAGUUCAUUUCUGUGACAAAUGUGGACUGCCAGUUAAAACAUAUGGUCGCAUGAUCCCAUGCAAACAUGUUUUCUGCUACGAGUGUGCAUUGAAUCAUGAAAGGAAGGGUGAUAAAAUGUGUCCAGGUCUAAAAAUGUACAGCUGUACAGACCAAGUCCAGCGCAUUGAACAGUGCCAUCGUGGCUCUCUCUACAUGUGCAGUAUUGUUCAAGGUUGCAAACGCACCUAUCUCUCACAGAGAGACCUGCAGGCCCACAUAAAUCACAGACAUCUGAGGUCAGGCAAGACGUCUAGCAGCCGCUCUGACCCUCUCCACCUCCCUCCUGCAUCAGAAGUGCCUGAGCGCUUCAGAGUGCCCCCUCCUCACCUGCCCAAGCCCCACGUGCUCAUCCCUCCUCCCCUAUCUCAUGGUGGUCAUGACCCCUACAGCCAGCCUCCCUCUGGCUCCCAUGAUGACCUUCGACCUCCACAAGGUCAGCCGCCUAAUGCGGGAGACAUGGGGCCAUCCCGCUCUCUCACUCAAGAGACCUUCCGCAUCUCAACGGUUACUACACGGAAACACAGCAACCUCAUCACGGUUCCAAUCCAGGACGAUUCCAGCUCUGGUCCUUCACGUGAGCCACACCCCCAGCCUGGCAAUGCUCCGCCCCCUCACCACCACCCUGGAGACUAUCCAGGGCAGCCUGUUGUUACCCACAUGCAUCACAUGAUGGUGCCACCUCAGCAGCACUAUGGGCCUCCUCCUCCCCCUCCGCCCAUUAGUCACCCCAUGCCGCACCCAGGGCAGGGCUCCAACACGCCUCAUAUGGUUUUUAACCAAGCACCCCCUCCACUGUCAUCUGUCCCUCCACCCAUUACUCCACCUCCUGGACACCUCAUUGGUCAGAUGCCCCCAUUUAUGAACCACCCCCCACCAGGCCCGCCCCCUCAGCAUGGAGGUCCUUCUGUCAAUGGCCCCCCACCCCACCAUUACAACCCACAGUUCCCUGAGGACAAGAGCACUCUCAGUCCACCAUUCAACCAGCCUGGGGGUUUGAGUCCAGGAAUGUGGCCUGCGCCACGGGGACCCCCACCGCCCCGAAUGCAGGGUCCCCCACCACAGGGCCAGAUGCCUGGGCAACAUCACCCUGAUCAGGGCCGCUAUAGACCAUAUUACCAGUAAAAGGUGAAUAAUUAGUUAUUAGGAAAUGAAAGCCUGGCAGGGAUUUGAGUUGUGAUUUUACAGUCUGAAAACUAUUAUCUAUAUAGUAAGGAUCAAGACUUGAUGUUGUAAAGUCUUGUUUGUGUCAGAUAUUGAAACAUUUACUUUUUUAAUAAUCGAGCCCAUACAUGCUGCAUUUUAGGGGCUUUUGUUGAAUGUGUUGUUUCUUGAAUGUAAUCAUAAUUAAAUAUACAAAUUAAAUGAAGCUUUUAUUGUUUUAUUUAUCUUGUAUAUCUCAUUUAAACUGGACUGUUUUAUCAAUGUAUUUUACCAAAAUUAAAAUAAACUCAAUCAUAACGAUCUUCGGCUCAUAAACAACAGGCUAUUAUCUUUUUAAUAUAGUGUACUGUAGGCCUGUCUCAUUCUAUACAAGUUGAAAUCUUUUUAU